AGGCGGGGCGCGCGGCCGCGCGCAUGCGCGGGGCGGUCCCGCUGUGGCAGCGCCGAGGGCGAGCGCAGGCCUCAAGGAGAGGGACGGGGGGAGGGGGCGCCGGGCCGGCCGCCGCCAUGUUCCUCUGCGCUCCCCUGCGGGCCGCGGCCGCACGCUCGAUAAGACAAAUCCGCUACUUGCAUGGAACAGCACCAUGCAAUUCCAGUGGAGGAGCCUUAUUUGUGCACAGGGAUAGUCCUGAAAAUAAUCCAGAUACUCCCUUUGAGUUCACGCCUGAAAACAAAAAGCGAAUAGAAGCAAUCAUAAACAAUUACCCAGGGGGACACAAGUCUGCAGCUGUCAUGGCAGUACUAGAUCUGGCUCAAAGACAGCAUGGAUGGUUGCCCAUAUCAGCUAUGAACAAGGUUGCUGAAGUUUUAGAAAUGCCUCCCAUGAGAGUGUAUGAAGUAGCAACCUUCUAUACCAUGUAUAAUCGUAAGCCUGUUGGGAAAUACCAUAUCCAGGUCUGCACUACCACGCCUUGCAUGCUGCGAGACUCUGAUAGUAUUUUAGAAGCCAUUAAGAAGAAACUUGGUAUACAAGUUGGGGAAACAACACCUGAUAAACUCUUCACAUUGAUUGAAGUGGAAUGUCUAGGUGCUUGUGUAAAUGCACCGAUGGUACAAAUAAAUGACAACUAUUAUGAGGAUUUGACUCCCAAAGAUAUCGAAGAUAUAAUUGAUGAGCUAAAGGCUGGCAAAGUUCCCAAACCUGGCCCAAGGAGCGGACGUUUUUCUUGUGAGCCAGCUGGUGGCCUUACAUCUCUGACUGAACCACCAAAAGGACCGGGUUUUGGAGUUCGAGCUGACCUCUAAGGAUGCCUCUAAAGAUCUUUGUAAUAUAUACUAAACUGUCCGAAAAGAAUAAAGUAACUUUAAUCUAAACUACAGUAAAGCCUAAUCAUGAUUCACAUUAUAAAAAAAGUGGACAAAAGUGGUUCUGUAGACUGUAAAGUAUCUGAGUCUAUUUAUGAUCAUUGAUAGAUAAAAAGAUGCAAUUUUAAUCUAUCACUGAAAUUCUGUUAGCUAUUUCUGAUUAAAGGCUCUUUAAAGAGGCAACAAAACUAACUACAUUUCAAGUCUGGCAAAUGCCCAAGGAACAAGGUGAAAGCAGAUUCUCAAAACUUUACUGCAUGUUACUUUUAACUGCUAUUUAAAAAACAAAACAAAACAAAAAACAGGAAGGGUCCUCCUGUUCUUUAGAAAUCUGGUGAUUCUUCUCAUUUCUGACUCUUCCUAUUAUCAUUCAGGAAGAGCGUGAAAACUGUCUUCUUGCCAUCUUACAGAAAAUAAAACAAGUAGUAGUAAUACUCUACUAAGAGAAUGAGCAACAAGAAACCACUUCCUUUACAAUUUUAUUUAACACAGCCAAGUUAUGCAGUUGGGGGGGGGGGAGGGGAGCUAGAGUAUACCAGAACAGUUUAAUACAUGGCUAAGUGUAAUACGUGAAACUGAUUCACAGACCCUUCUUAGAUAUUACUUGUGUGUAUCAGCUAAUUCUAAGAAAAUCUGAAAGUGUGAAAUUGAGGUGUUUCUUCUUU